GAGAGAGAGAGAAGUAGAGAGAGAGAGAGAAGUAGAGAGAGAGUGAGGUGGCGCGAGAGAGAGAAGUAGAGAGAGAGAGAGAGCGAGAGAGAGAGACUGUUUCUCUGGUCUAGUUCAGGCAGUUAUUUUCUCUUCUCAAGGCUACCUGGAUAUUACUGGAUGGUACUGUGCACUGCAACGCUAGCCUAGCUCUCUCAUCCUCCUCUCCUCUCGUCUUCCUCUCUGCCCUGUACGUGUGUUGGGAAGGUGCCUGUCUCAGGUGCAGACAUGGCCACCUCUGUGCUCUCCAGGAUUAUUCUAUGUCUGGCUAUAUCUCUGUUUCCGGUAUUGACAGUGACCAGCCAGGAUGUCAACCUAGGGCACGAAGACAGCUGUGCCGAAAACGGCAAAGUCUACAGCAACAACGAGAUUUGGAACCCGGAGCCAUGUAAGAUCUGUGUGUGUGACCUGGGGACUAUUACCUGUGAAGACAUCCGAUGUGAAGACCUAGCCUGUAAGGACACCAGCACCCCUGAGGGAGAAUGUUGCCCUGUGUGUUCUGAGGCCGCAGGAACCCAGGGCCAGCAGGCUACUACCUGGGAUAAUCUGCUACCAAAGAUCAAAACAGUAGAGGAGAAGAAGGAUGAGAGCUGCAGGGACAACGGGCAGGUGUACGCCCACAACGACAUGUGGACCCCAGAGCCGUGCAGGGUGUGUGUGUGUGACAGUGGAACCACCAUCUGUGAGGAGGUGCAGUGUGAGAUGGUGGGGAACUGUGAGAAGGUGACCAUCCCUGAGGGAGAGUGCUGCCCUGUGUGUGACAGCUUCUCCAGCGCUAACAGGAGGAUAGAAAUGAUGGCGUUCAAGGGUCAGAAAGGUGAACCUGGUGAUAUCCCUUACGUCGUGGGGCCAGUAGGUCAACCCGGACCAAUGGGUCCUCCCGGGGCUCAGGGGAACAGAGGAUACACUGGUUUCAAGGGCAGAAAAGGUUUACAGGGCCCAGCUGGCAUCGACGGGGAACCAGGAGUCCCAGGGAACCCUGGUGAGCCAGGAUCCCCCGGCCAGCCCUCACACCCUGGGGGUCAGCUGGUCUCUCAAAUGGCAGCAGGCUUCGGUGAGAAAUCAGCUGGGAUGAUGGGAAUGAUAUCUGGCAACAGGGGUGAGGCAGGACCAAGAGGGCCUCCUGGACAGUCCGGUCAACCAGGCCCUACAGGGGGGCAGGGGGCCCCAGGAGACGUUGGAGACCCCGGAUCCAUGGGUGGCUUUGGUCACAGAGGACCUGAGGGCCCACCAGGAAAACCAGGACCAGAUGGAGAAUCUGGCCCAACCGGAAUAGAUGGAGAUAAAGGAGCCGCUGGAUCUGCCGGUGCCAGAGGUUUCCCAGGACUGCCAGGUCACCCUGGACUGAAAGGCCUUAAGGGUCAUGCAGGUCUUCUAGGGGCGAGAGGUCAAUCUGGUGCUGCUGGGUCAAAGGGCCCAUCAGGUACUCCAGGUGGAAUGGGGCCCCCUGGUCCUGCGGGUCCAGCAGGAAUGCAAGGGGAGAGAGGAAGGAGUGGGCCAACUGGACCUGUGGGGAAACGUGGUGAAUCUGGACAUAUUGGGAAAGCAGGACCACAGGGUCCUAUGGGGAUCACUGGAGCUCUAGGAUUCCCAGGUAGUCCAGGUAUAAAGGGGCAACCAGGGCCCCCAGGAGCACGAGGGACAGGGGGCCAGCAAGGACCAAGAGGGGAGGCCGGACGCGUGGGAUUGGCUGGAGCUACGGGAAUUCAGGGUCCAACAGGAACAGAGGGUGCUGCUGGAACCAAAGGACCAUCCGGAGCUCCAGGUGUCCAGGGUCCGACUGGACUGCUUGGCCCCGCGGGGCCCCCCGGACCACAGGGAACCACUGGACUGCCCGGGCCUAAGGGCCAACUGGGUGAUUUAGGCAUUCCCGGAUUCAAAGGAGAGGCUGGAUUCAAAGGAGAAUCUGGUGCACCUGGUGAUCAUGGAGCGCUGGGUCCCAUGGGAGAGGAGGGGAGGAGGGGAGGACGGGGUGACGCUGGGACUUCAGGAGCCGCUGGACCCAAUGGAGAGAGAGGUGCUCCUGGCAGUAGAGGUUUUCCUGGUCAGGAUGGGUUACCUGGUCAAAAGGGUGCCCAAGGUGAGCGAGGACUGGGUGGAUCAUCUGGUGCCAAAGGUGCCGAUGGUGACCCUGGACGCACUGGAGAGCCAGGUCUUCCAGGGGCACGGGGUCUGUCAGGUCUUCUCGGCUCCCAGGGUCCUGAGGGACACCAAGGACCAAUGGGAGGAGGAGGAGAGGAUGGGGGACCAGGUCCAGCAGGGUCAGAUGGUACCAGAGGUCUAGCUGGAACCAUGGGUGUAGUUGGACCAAAAGGCUUUACUGGAGACCCUGGUAAGGCAGGAGAAGUGGGGACCCCAGGUGUUGCAGGACAGAGGGGGGUUAAUGGGAAAGCUGGAGAGAUGGGCGCUGGUGGCACUGCUGGUCCAGCAGGAGUUGCAGGGAAGAGAGGAGAGCAAGGACCUCCUGGUAUGAAUGGCUUCCAGGGUCUACCUGGGUCUGCUGGUCCACCUGGAGAGUCUGGGAAACCAGGUGCUGAGGGUAUCGCUGGAGAGGGAGGGGCUGCUGGUCUCACAGGGCCAAGGGGUGAGCGGGGCAUCCCAGGAGAGAGAGGUGAUGUGGGAACUAACGGACUACCGGGGCCCAAAGGUAUUUCAGGAGGGCCAGGACCAGAGGGACCAAAGGGGGGGUCUGGAACUAAAGGAACCGUUGGGGACAUAGGAGCUGCAGGCCUGCAGGGGAUGCCAGGGGAGAGGGGUAUCCCUGGUUCUCCUGGUCCUAAAGGAGAUGUGGGUUCAGUUGGUGAGAAAGGAACCGAGGGUACUGCUGGAAACGACGGGCCCGGGGGACUUCCUGGUCCAGUUGGACCAACAGGAGGCAUUGGGCUCAGUGGUGAUAAGGGAGAGGCCGGCCCUAAAGGGCCCCCUGGACGUCGAGGAGCGAGAGCAGUGGCCGGAGCUUCUGGGGAGCCUGGUCCAACCGGUGCAGUAGGAUUCCCUGGGUCUCCUGGUCCCGAUGGGCAACCCGGGGUCAAAGGUGAACCAGGAGAGAGGGGUCAGAAGGGUGAGGCUGGAGCACAGGGACUCCAGGGAACAGCUGGUAAACUUGGUUCCCAGGGUCCUGAUGGUGUGACUGGACUAAAGGGGGCCAGAGGAACACAAGGGGCCGCGGGUGGGUCUGGUUUCCCAGGAUUCCCCGGGGGAGUUGGUCCAGCAGGCUCCGUUGGUGAGGUAGGGGUGCCUGGAGACAUUGGUACCCCAGGGAAGGCAGGUACUCCGGGACUUAGAGGCGAGAAUGGAGGCCCUGGGCGUGUAGGAGAGAGAGGGGCCCCGGGCCCAGCAGGUGCCCCAGGAGACAAGGGAGAGCCUGGAGAGGAUGGACCAGGGGGCCCUGAUGGGCCGGCGGGACCACCAGGUAUCUCAGGACAGCGAGGUGUUGUGGGCAUACCUGGAGUCAGAGGAGAGAGCGGGAUGGUUGGGCCCCCCGGUACUGCUGGUGCACCCGGAAAAUCAGGUGCCCCCGGAACUCGGGGAGGCAAGGGUGCUGUCGGUGCAGUCGGGUUACCAGGGACAACCGGACCAAGAGGGGACCUUGGUCUUACGGGGAAUGCUGGGUCUGAUGGGGUACCUGGCAAGGAUGGACUUAUAGGAGCCAGGGGAGAUAGAGGGAAUCCUGGUGCUGAGGGUCUUGCUGGAACUCCGGGGCUUCAUGGCUCUGUUGGUCCAGUCGGCACCUCUGGAGUCCCUGGGAAGAGAGGAGACAAUGGUGCUAGAGGGCCUCCAGGACCCCAGGGACAAUCAGGGAUCCGGGGGAAGCUGGGGCCUCAAGGGCCACAGGGAGACAGGGGAGCCAAAGGAGACCAAGGAGAGAGAGGGCAGAAAGGCCACAGAGGCUUCACUGGAUUGCAAGGCUUACCUGGGACAACUGGACAAUCUGGGGAUGUUGGAGCUCGAGGAAUUGUAGGACCUACUGGACACAGAGGGCCCCCUGGUGUGGUUGGCCCCGCAGGAGGUGAUGGACAAAUCGGGCUGACCGGGCCCAUGGGAUCUCCUGGAUCAAGAGGAACCAGUGGAGACAUCGGACCUCAGGGGCCUCCUGGGGAUGCUGGUCCCCCUGGUCCCCCAGGGACCCCUGGCCCUCCCACUGCUGGGGCUGAUAUGUUUGGCUUCAGCAGCUCCUUCAACUACGACUACGGCGAGGACCAGGAUGGACCACCUCCACCCCCAGAGUUUAACGGGGAUGAAUCAGCCCCCCCUCAACCCCCUCCAGAGUCCAACUGGAUCGACUCUGGCCCCCAUCCCCCUCCAGAGUUCAACGACGAUGAGGCGCGUCCCAAUAAUGCCUCGACCGUCCUCGGGGCAGACCAGAGCGUCCAGACCACGCUGAAGAGCCUCAGUGGAAACCUGCAGAACAUGAAGUGUCCCGAUGGCAGCCAGGCCAACCCCGCCAAAACCUGCCAGGACAUCAAGCAGUGCCACCCCCUUAAAAAGACCGGAGACUACUGGCUGGACCCCAACCAGGGCAGUACCAAGGAUGUUAUCAAGGUGUUCUGCAACAUGGAGACUGGUGAGACCUGCAUCUCAGCCCACCCCAUCUCAGCCAGCAUCCCUCGCAAAACAUGGUGGACCAAAUCCACUCCCACUGCCAGCAAACCUGUCUGGUUUGGAGCAAAUAUGAAUGGAGGAACUAAAUUUAGCUAUGGCAACAAGGAGGAGCUGCCCAACGCCGUAACCAUUCAGAUUAGGCUGAUCCGCCUGCUUUCUAAGGAGGGUGUCCAGAAUGUCACCUACCACUGCAAGAACAGCGUGGCCGUGAAUGAUGGAGCCACAGGCAACCUGAAGAAGGCUCUGAUCCUCAAGGGCUCCAACGGACAGGAGGUCAAGGUUCAGGGCAACUCCCGCCUCAGAUACACUGUCCUGGAGGAUGGCUGCUCCAAAUCGAAUGGAGACUGGGGCAAGACUGUGAUUGAGUACAGAACUCAGACGCCAGCCAGACUACCUAUCGUAGACUUGGCCCCCAUGGACAUAGGCAAGGAGGAUCAGGAGUUUGGCCUGGACAUCGGCCCUGUGUGUUUCUCCUAAACCCAACACACAUGGACGGAUGGAUGGAUUUAUUUAACCUUAUGAGGAGUGAUUUUUUUUUAGAACGCCAUCCUCAAUCCUGUUCAAAGAGGCAAUCUGGAUUUCAAACAACAAAAAAGCACUCACUUUUAAGUUACAUUCUUAAAGAAUCAAUGGCUAUAUAUCACUCAUUUAAAAGAUUGCCUCUUGAAGAAUUAGGUUUCAGUUCGAUAACUAAUAAUGAACAACAACCCCUUGUGAUGUCAUCAAUUAGAAUCGUUAGGAAUGUUGUUGUCCAUUCUCCUCCAAAGGGUUAAACAUUCCCAAGACUCUUGGACUACCUGCUGAAGCAAUCAGCUUUGUACAUAAAGGCAGGGCGGAGAAACUACAGUACAGUAUAUGUACUGCCUGCUACUAAAAUAUUUAUUGCUUCUUUCCAAGAAACAACUAAAGUUGUUAGUGCAAUGGUACUGGUAGUAAUUACUAUUGAGGAAUGCAGGUGAAUUGUAUUAAGAAGUUUGUGUCAUAAUGGAGUUUCAGGGCCUGAAGGUUUCAGCUUGUUGAAAACAUGACAAUUUAUGGAGCUUAAUUGUCAGUGUUGUACGACGUUCCAUCAUACAUUUCUUUACCAGUUUCUCAGUGAAUGCCACUAAAUAGAUAUACUGUCACUUGAUGUAGAGACAAAACAACAACAAUUGUAUUCCUUUUUCAAAUGUAAAUGCAACAUAAGAAUGUCAAUUGCUCUUCACACGUUUAUUAUUCCUGUUUAUUAUUGAUAUUAUGAUAUUUUCUUCUGUCCACUGAUGGUGUUACGCCCAAUAAAAUGAAUCUCGUGCCCUUUUCA